UUACUGUCAAUCAUACACAUGACAAGAAACAUAAAAGAGCGCUCUCAAACAACACUUGUAAAUAGAGUCUCUGUGGAAAUCCCAAGAAAAAUAUUGAACCAAAGUAAAGUAAUUAAACAUGGAUUUGAAUUCAAGUUCUGAUCAGGUGAACUGUUCGUUCGUAUCGGAGAAAGUGUCAAAAAUUCGUUUUGUUCAAGAGAAAUACAAGCAAGCCGACACAUUCAUUACUGGUGGUUGGGGCUCAGACUCGAAUACAGUUGGCCUGUGGAAACUCACAAAAGACGAACUAUCAAAUGAUGAAAAUGAAGUCGAUUACACGCCAAAGUCCAUAUCAAAAGUCAAAGUUGAUGGUGAUGUGACCGGGUUGGAGUUUCUCAAUUCGGAAUCAAUCGUUUGUACCACCUCAUCUGAUAAUGUUCAAUUACUUCUGAUCAACUUGAAUCAUGGUUUGACACAUGAGAGCAUCACGGUUAAGCAUCAAAUUGAGCAAUUGCACAAAUACAAAACAAAUACGCCGGCUGUGUGCAGUGGACUAUCGGUUCAUGAGACAAACAUUGCUACAGUCGGAGAAGAUGGAAGUUUGCAUGUUCUAUCGAGCCAAGGGCGUAUUGUGAAAUCAUUUCAACAUGUGGACAGUUGUGCCAUUUCAUCGGUGGCUUUUGUCAAUCACAAUGAGAUUUUCACUGGAAAUCGAAUCGGAAUCAUCAAUGUAUUCGAUGUGAGAAAUACAGAGAAUAAGCCCAGCACAAAAUUGGUUAUAUCGACUGAAGAUGACAAACGAUCGAAUUGUGUCACUUGCAUUACCUAUCAUCCGAAUCAGAAUCACAUUGUUUUAUGCGGUAGUGAAGAAGGCACAUUAACUAUUUGGGAUUUACGACAACCGGCUUUCCCAGCUUCUUACUAUACAGUGCACGAAAAAUCAUCCGUUAGCGAUGUUGCAUUCCAUCGCACAGACCCAACGAAACUGUUUACAUCGUCCGAAUCCGGUGAAUUGUUCCAGUGGAGUCACAAAGCUCAACAAAUUACCGAACGCAUCGAUGGCCAAUUGACGGUCGUUGAAAACGAGAAUAUCAACCCUUGGCUUUGCGGACAACGAACCAAAUCACGAAUCAAUCUGGUGAGACAUUUGGAGGGAAUCGGAAAGGCAAUCAAUUGCUUUGAUACCAGUAGCUCACGAGUGAUUUGCGGUUGUGACAACGAAGCCAUUUACCUCAUUAAUAAUGUCUAAAAUCAUCUUGUAUCUCAGAAGACAUCAACUUUUUUUUUUAACAAAUAAAUCAAUAAAAACAACUCGAUCGAAA